ACAAAUAAGAAGAAAAAUAUUUAUACACAAUGUUGGAAGCAACGGGGGAGGGGGGGCGGUGGAAAUGAAUCCGACCAAUAUGAAGAUGUGGUAACCUUAUGCGAUGCUGAUUCUUUUUCUGUGAUCCAAACUGCUUCAUUCACAUCCCUCUGAUUUUUUCGGACGUGAAAUUUUCCAACAGUGCCAGAGAAGUCACGUUCAGUUUGUACCCUUAUCGACAAAGUUAACUUUUUUUACCGUUAUGAAGUUGGAGAACCCAACAAAAAGGGGUUCAGGAAGAUCCACUUGUUUCUAUGGUCAUUAUUAGGGGCAUAGUAAAGGGCACGUUUGAGUUUUCGUCCUAGUUUAUCACUGUAGAAAAAACGGGCUUUUGGCUUCUGGGUGUUUAUUUGAAACCUUUCUUAUGUGCUGAUCGAAGGCUCACUGGGUCAAAGAUUGGAUCUUCUCUAACUUGAGCGUGGUGAGUGGGGAACCGAAAGUGUGAUGAGUUUGUAGUGUUCUUCUGCAGAGAUCCGAGUGAAUGGAGCCUCCUACGGGGUUUUGUGCUUCUUUGUUGAGUUUCGUCCGAUUUCUUCCUUAUUUCAUUGGGCUUCUGCUUCUUGGCAAUAUCAAAGGUAUCCUUUUCUGCCCUUUGAUAUGCAUAAUAAUUGCAACUGGGAACACCGCUAUCAUAGUUGCACUUUGGACAGUUCAUGCUGUUUGGACAUAUUAUUGCGUUCUGAGAACUAAACAAUUAGGGCCACUUCUGAAGAUUGUUAUCUGCCUGUGUGUACUACCGGUGCUGUUGGUUUUGUGUCCGAUUUUUGGUAUUCUUGGAAGCAUUGUAGGUGGAGCAGCCUACGGUUUUCUUUCACCCAUAUUUGCUACUUUUGAAGCUGUAGAGGAAGGAAAAGAUGACAAGCUUUACCACUGUUUCAUUGAUGGUACUUGGAGCACUGUUCAAAAGGCCUGCAUGGUUGUAAGGGAUGUAAAAGACGUUGCUUUCCAUUCGUACUUUUCAGUUAUGGAUGACCUGCUACAUAGAGGACCUCCAAAUGCAAAAUAUUAUGAGAUCAGGCUGCUUUAUAUUCCUGGUGCUUUAAUAGCUGCAGUUAUUGGAAUUGUGGUUGAUGUGCCAAUUAUAUCAUUUGUUGCCCUAUUCAAAGGUCCAUACAUGCUUUUUAAGGGGUGGCAUAGACUGUUUCAUGACCUCAUUGGCCGUGAAGGCCCUUUCUUGGAGACCAUAUGCGUGCCUCUUGCGGGUCUUGCUAUCCUUCUCUGGCCAUUGGCUGUUGGCGGGGCAGUUCUGGCAUCCAUGUUAGCAAGUUUCUUUCUUGGUGCAUAUGCAGGAAUUAUUGCUUAUCAGGAGUCUUCUUUUAAGUUCGGUCUUUCGUAUGUUGUCGCAGCUUUGGCCAUUUAUGAUGAAUACAGCAAUGAUAUUCUUGACAUGCCAGAAGGAACCUGCUUCCCUAGGCCUCAGUUUCACAAAGAAGUUGAUUCAUCACAAAGAGCAUCUAAUUCAAUUUCCGUCUCAAGACCUAGCUCCUUCCGAAAGGCCCCUUCUCGCACGACUUCAAUGAAGAACAACAUUGCUGAGCUGAAAUCAUUUGAGUUGUUGGAUGCGUUAUUCAAGGAAUGUUGCCGAGUUGGAGAAAAAAUGGUUUCUGAAGGUUUAAUUACAAGAAAAGACUUAGAAGAAGCCAGAUCUGGUGAAGGGAAUAGAGUUAUUAGUAUUGGUUUGCCAGCAUAUUGCUUAGUUCAAGGACUCUUGCGCUCUGCAAAAUCCAAUGCCAUGGGUAUAUUUAUCGGUGAUGAUACUGAACUAACUACUACAAACAGACCAAGAGAGAAAUUUUUUGACUGGUUCCUUAACCCCCUUUUGAUCAUUAAAGAGCAAAUCAAAGCUGAAAAUCUUUCUGCCUCAGAAGAGGACUACCUCUGCAAGUUAGUUCUCUUGACUGGUGAUGCAGAGAGACUGAAAAAAUCUAUCAUUACUCCAGCCCCUGAAUCCGAAGUCAAACGUGCAGAACUCGAGGCAUUGGCUAGAAGAUUGCAAGGGAUUACUAAAUCCAUGUCAAGGUUCCCAACCUUCAAGCGACGCUUCGAUGAUCUUGUAAAAUCUUUAUGUGAUGAUCAGAAACUUGGAGGUCCAAUAAUGACCAGAUCAAAGAGUGCCUUUGCUCGGUUGGUUAGUUUCAAAUCUUUCAAGGGGACAAGAAACGGCUCUUCUCACGGAUUAAACGUAGUACGAGACAUAGAAAAUUCAUGAUAACAAUACCGUGUAAUUGACAAAUUUAAUCUCAUAGGUGUAUCCUUGAGUCAUUCUUUAGGUAGAAAUAUGAGUGUAAUUGACAAUAAUUGUGAGUUAAUUCCUAUAAAUGGUAGACUAAAAUUUAUAUUAUUAACCAAAAAAAAUCAUAUUAGAUAUGAUUUUUCCGUUGUUGUAAACAAAAGCACGAUGACAGCUUUAAAUUUGUAAAAUUCUCAAUGUAUAGGAAAUUUUUCUAAUUUCUAAUUGUAAUUUCUGACCUUGUUUAUGUGCAAA